AUGGUUUGCGGUGGCUUUGCCUGCUCCAAGAAUGCACUGUGCGCGCUCAACGUGGUUUACAUGCUGGUAGGCUUAUUGCUCAUCGGAGUGGCUGCUUGGGGUAAGGGCCUGGGUCUGGUGUCCAGCAUCCAUAUCAUCGGAGGAGUCAUUGCUGUGGGAGUCUUCCUCCUGCUCAUCGCAGUGGCUGGACUGAUCGGUGCUAUUAACCACCACCAAGUUCUGCUGUUCUUUUACAUGAUCAUCCUUGGUUUGGUCUUCGUUUUCCAAUUUGGAAUCUCUUGGUCAUGCCUGGCCAUUAACCGAAGCAAACAGACAGAUGUCAUCAAUGCUUCUUGGUGGGUCAUGAGCAACAAGACUCGGGAUGAACUGGAAAGAAGUUUUGAUUGUUGUGGCUUAUUCAACCUCACCACCAUGUAUCAACAAGAUUAUGCUUUUUGCACUGCAGUCUGCAAGAGCCGGAGACCCACGUGCCAGAUGUGUGGUGAAAAGUUUCUUAAACAUUCAGAUGAAGCCCUAAAAAUCCUGGGGGGUGUUGGACUCUUCUUUAGCUUUACGGAGAUCCUUGGUGUCUGGCUGGCAAUGAGAUUUCGGAAUCAGAAGGAUCCUCGUGCCAACCCCAGUGCCUUUCUCUGA